GUGUGGGUGUGUUUUACUUGCUGUCAUGGUGAACUGAUGCUGCACACCCACUCUGCUGAGCUCAGGGACAGCCAACAAGAUAAAAACCCUCGUAUAGGAUGAGACUGCACACAGCCUGACUGAAUCUUCUCCAGCUGGCAACACACCUUUUCAUGAGCAAAUGGAUUCUUGCCAACUUCUCUCCCUCGUCUUCAUGCUGAUAUCUACAUCUGAAUGUUCAGAGACAGCGGAGCCCCAAUGUGAAGACUUUGACGUGGAGUCAUUCAACCUUCUUGAAGGUGAAGCAUUUUAUUUUGUGCCUUAUGUUCUGCCCGAUGGCAACCUGCCUGAUGAACAGAUCACAUGGUACAAAAAUCACAGUAUCUCCCAAACGAAGCCCAUCUCACCUGAUAAGAACAAGAGGGUACAUUACCACGGUGGUGUGCUCCUUUUCUUAAACCUCCAGACUGAGGACUCUGGUUUAUACACUGCGCGGCAUGAAACACCGUCAGGAAAGUGCUACAAUUAUUUUUUAAAAGUUGCCGUCUACAAAAACAAAACGGACGCCGCGCUGCUCUACGGACAAAUCAAAAACUCUGACCAGAACAAAAAGGUCCCGUGUCCAGAUCCUGUCCGCUACACAUGUGAAGUGCUGAAAGGAACAUUGACCUGGAAGAAGGACUUCAAACUCCUUCAAGGUCAACACAAGGCUGACCUGUGGGUUUCUAAUGCUACCGAAGCUAUCGAGGGCAUCUACACUUGCACUUGCACCUGGACAUACAAUGACAAGCAGUACAAGUCGUCAGGUUCCAGGAGGCUAAAAGAUAAAGAGCAAAUUGCCCACCGUAAACCAGAAAUUAUCUCUCCGACCGACAAGGAGCUGUUUGCUGAUGAAGGCGUUGAGAUCAAGCUGAGCUGCUCAGUUUUCUGUGGGACUAAUGUGGCACGUGACUGUAAUGCUAGCUGGCAUGUUCAUGGAAUCCCUUUCAACAACAAAGAUGGAUACACUCUAACCAGCCAAAUAACCGUCGAUAACCCGUCCAAGAACACCAUCGCCACUGCAGUCCUGACCAUUGAGAGAGUGUCUGCUGAAGAUUUCCAGACUGAGUUUAAAUGCAUCGGCGUGGGCUUUUACACUGUGGUGUCUGACACUUACACUCUUAAGCGGAGAGAGUCAAUAAUUCCACUUGUCACUGGAAGAGUGUGUGUGUUGUUCUUGUUUAUAUUUUCCGCCAUGCUGGUCAAGUGCUUCGCUAUUGACCUCGCUCUCUUCUUCAGACACUGCUGCCCACUAAGAAGUCACAAUAAAGAUUCGAGGAUGUACGAUGCCUACGUGGUCUAUCAAAUGCAGGGCGUGGACAAGAUGACUGAGGACUCGCUUUGCCAGUUUGUCACAACGAUCUUGCCCUCCGUCCUUGAGGAAAAGUGUGGAUAUCGACUCUUCAUCCAUGGGAGGGAUGACAUACCUGGUGAAGACCGUCUGGAGCUGGUGGAGGACCGCAUGAAGCAGAGCAGGAGGCUGAUGGUCAUCCUCCCCCCGGGUUCAGGAUCAGGGCCUGAGAUCACAGACCAGCGUCCUUCCUCACCCCAAAACCCGAUUGGAGGCUUUGACUGGCAGGUGGGGCUCCACCACGCUCUGCUCCUGAGGGAAAUCAGUGUGAUUGUGAUACAGCUCGGGGACACCGGACCCGAUGGAUACGCACGCCUUCCGCCUGGCUUGAGGCACCUGAUUCGCAAGCGUGCCCCCAUAAGGUGGCGAGAGGGUUCACGGGGUGCUGUGGCCUGGAACUCACGCUUCUGGAAGAGAGUGCGAUACCUGAUGCCUGCCACACCUGCCAAAAAAUGUCCACAGCUUGCUAUUAUUUGAAGCCCAUAUCUACUUUGCUCCGGCCUUCCUGAAGUGAAAGAUGCGUAGCACAUGCAAAUACCUCCAUAAAACACCUGUCAUUGAAGACGCCCCCCAGAUAUUUGCACUGACUGCCACGUGACCAGCCUCAGGCUCAUUUUGGUGAAAAUGUUUUGGAGUGGUGGUUACAUUUUUGCAUUCAGAUGUUUAAAUGUUUAUAUUUUAUUUAUACAUAUUACACUGUUAUCCCAUCAGAAUUUUAUUCCUGGGGGAGCAGCUUCGUGUUGGGAAAUUUCAUCAAUGGAAAAAAACAAUUAUUGAACAGUUAACUGAAUAAAAAGUUUGAAAAUUAUAAUUGUAAAUAAAAACACUUUAGUUUUAGUAUCUUUAAAAAUCUGACCACAGUGGAAAAGAAACACUGUUAAUUAGCUGAUUUCUCUUAUUAUUUUCUCUUGUGCUUUUAUUUUUCAGCAUGUGUCUGGAGCCUUUUGGAUUGUAACAAGGCUACAAUGAAGUGAAAACUAGUAUGUUUAGCUGUUGUAAAGGUUCUUGACAAUCAGUAGGUCGGCCUAUACACAGUCUUAGCUGUCCAGGGUGCUGAUCCCAGCACCUGCAGAGGUGGGUCAGGUAGGCCGGUCACAGGCUGGAUCUCCACUGUUAGCAAUGAAGGGAUGCACAGCACAAUAAAGUACUACUGAGAGACCAGAGAUAAAAGUCCCCAAAGACAGGAAAAGAUGUACUGAUACAAAAUAAACCAAUGUGAUUAUUUUUAGACUCUUAGAGUAGCUGUCUUUGGUAUUUAUCUGUUUUAAAGAUCUGACAAACCAACAUCAGAAUUAGUUUUACUUUAUAUGUCUGCUUUUUAAUUAAAAAAAAUAUCACAGCGA